AUGAUGCAGGGCGCGGCGGCCGCAGGGACGACCUCUGUCUCCGGAGCCUCUUGGACUCGGGCCACGCGCGGUCGCGCCUCCGCCCUCGCCUCGCGCCACGUCGGCGUCGUCGCCUCCUCGUCGUCCUCCUUCUUCGGGCCCCGCGGCGCCACCGCCGCCACCGCCCCGCCGUUGACGCUCCUGCGCGUCCGCGGCGGCUGCCGGCUCAGGCCUCUGUCGCUGCUGUCCGGUAGCGGCAAGAAUGGGGAGGUCGCCAAGGCGGCGGCUGCUGCUGCCGCGGCGGCGGCGGCGGCAUCGGUGCCGGCAGACGACGCGAGUGCCGCCGCGGUGACGAGAGACGGUGGCGCCGGCGGCGGCAUUGCGGCCACGGCGCAGCUGGGCGCCAUGAUCGUCGCGUGGUACCUGCUCAACAUCUACUUCAACAUCUACAACAAGCAGGUUCUCGGCGCGCUGCCGUUGCCGCGGCCGUACACCAUCACCGCCUUCCAGCUCGCGUUCGGCUCCCUGCUCAUCUUCCUCAUGUGGGCGACCAGGCUCCACCCGGCGCCCAAGCUCUCCGCUGCGCAGCUGGGCAAGAUCGCGCCGCUGGCCGUGGGGCACAUGCUGGGCACGGUGUUCACCAACAUGAGCCUGGGCAAGGUCGCCGUCUCCUUUACGCACACCAUCAAGGCCUCCGAGCCAUUCUUCACCGUCGUCCUCUCCGCCCUCUUCCUCGGCGAGGUCCCUUCCCUGCCGGUGCUGGGCUCGCUCGUGCCGAUCGUUGGCGGCGUCGCCUUGGCGUCAUUCACCGAAGUUUCUUUCAACUGGACCGGGUUUUGGAGCGCCAUGGCGUCUAAUCUGACCAACCAAUCGAGGAACGUCCUCAGCAAGGAACUCCUUGCCGGUGACAAGGAUGUUAUGGAUGACAUAAAUCUCUUCUCGGUGAUCACUGUACUGUCAUUUCUGCUAUCUUGCCCUCUGAUGUUCUUCGCCGAAGGCAUCAAGUUCACCCCAGGAUACCUCCAGAGCACGGGCCUUAACCUCCAAGAGCUCUGCGUGAGAGCAGCGCUCGCAGGUCUGUGCUUCCAUGGCUACCAGAAGCUCUCGUACUUGAUCUUAUCCAGAGUGUCACCGGUGACACACUCCGUCGCCAACUGCGUAAAGCGUGUGGUUGUGAUCGUCUCCUCCGUUCUGUUCUUCAGCACCCCUAUUUCGCCUGUCAAUGCACUAGGAACUGGUGCUGCAUUAGCAGGUGUCUUCCUUUACUCUAGGUUGACGCGAACCAAGAAGGCAAAGGAUGCAUAA